AUGGGCCCCGUUUCAAUCCGCAACCCAGAUCCUCCGGUCAAGGACAGCGUCUUCGACAUGUUCCGCCUAGACGGCAAGACCAUUAUUGUUACUGGCGGCUCGGGAGGCAUCGGCUAUGAAGUUGCUCGUGGUCUCGCCGAAGCAGGGGCAAAUCUCGCACUCUGGUACAAUUCCUCCAACAAAACCGACGAAUUUGCUGCCACGAUUCGAAAAGACUUCAAGGUCAAAGUCGAAACCUACAAGGUAGCAGUAGAGAACUACACGGAAGUCGCCAACGGCGUGGCGCAGGUCGUAGCCGACUUUGGCGGCCUGGAUGUCAUGAUUGCAAAUGCCGGGAUCCCCUCAAAAGCCGGUGGUCUGGAUAGCGAGCUCGAGGACUGGAAUCGUGUGAGGGCUGUAGAUUUUGAUGGAGCCUACCAUUGUGCCAGAGCUGCUGGGUUUGUGUUUAAAAAACAAGGAUACGGAAAUUGUGUGUUCACCGCCAGUAUGUCGGGGCAUGCAGUGAAUGUACCACAAGAGCAGAGCUGUUAUAAUGCCUGCAAAGCUGGAGUGAUCCAUCUUUCAAAGUCGUUGGCUGUGGAAUGGGCCAAGUUUGGAGCGAGAUGUAAUAGUGUCUCUCCUGGCUAUAUUAACACGGCCAUUUCUGGAGCUUGCCCUUUUGAGAUGAAGGAGGCGUGGUUCAAUUUGACGCCGAUGAAGAGAGAUGCGGAUCCUAGGGAGCUGAAGGGGAUCUAUCUCUACCUAUGCUCUGAUGCGAGCUCCUAUACUACUGGGGCUGAUUUCAUUGUUGAUGGAGGGUACACAUGUAGAUAG